GAUGUAAUGGAAUCCAAAGAUUCGAAGAGCAGCAGGAGGACUCGGCAACUCGACCAAAGGCAUUCCAUUUCCAUUUCCACUUCCACUCCCCUAUUUAUUGUCCUUAGAUGCGACGACCCGAUUUCGUCUCUAAACACACCAAACCUCCCCUCUUCCUUCAUCGAAUCUUCACCCUCCUGAAUCUCCGCCUCUUUAUAAAUAACACACUCUCCCCAUCUCUCUUUCUCUGUCUAUUCUCUCUUUUCUCUCUUUUUCAAAUGUUUGAGAUUAACAUUCACACAAUUCUACUCACCCACCACUGAUUCCCAACCCUCUACUUAUACCUCACUAUGGAACUCUCCUUAGAUUUGUCUUUGGACUUCUCUCCCAAAACCAUUCCCCAAAUUCUUCUUCAACUUUCCUCCAUCUCCGAUUCCUUUACUAAGCGAUCCAAGCUUGAUGAUUAUCUCAAAAGAUUGGAAGAUGAAAUGAGGAAGAUCGAUGCUUUUAAACGAGAGCUUCCUCUCUGUGUUCUUCUCUUGCAAGACGCUAUUUUGAGAUUGAAAGAGGAGGUGUUGCAGUUCAAGGAUCAGCCGGUGAUUCAAGACUUUAUCCCAUCCAACCCAGUUUCUGAUCAAACUGAUGAGGACAACCUGAAGAGGAAGACCAGCAAGUGGUUGAGUUCCGCUCAGUUGUGGAGUACCAAUUUCAAUUUUGUUGAUGAUGAAAUCUCAGACCCCAAAUCAACUAUCAACUUGAAUGGGGAUGAAGACGAUCGGUCUGUACCACAGACCCCAAUUGAAAAUUGGAAUUGUGCAAAAAGACGAAGAGCAUUCGAAUUGUUCAAAGAUCAAAGCAAUUUUGUAAAAAGAGCCACAAAAGAAGAUGUAGCGUUUUCCGAAGUCCCUAAACUUACUCUAAUGACCCCAAUCUCCGAUCCUUUUCCUGUUAAUUUGACCGUCAAGAACGGCGGCAACGGUGGACGGAACGGCAGAGCUGCUGUUUCUGGGCUAUCUUCACCGGCGGGACAAAUGAAAGGACAGCCAAAAUUAUCCCAACAGCAACAGACUAUAAGGAAACAAAGACGGUGCUGGUCGCCGGAGCUCCACCGGCGUUUUGUCGACGCACUACAUCGACUCGGCGGAUCUCAAGUGGCAACACCAAAACAGAUAAGGGAAUUGAUGCAAGUGGACGGCCUCACCAACGAUGAAGUGAAAAGCCAUUUACAAAAAUACAGACUUCACGUUCGAAAAUUGUCACCGGCGGAAGGUUCAAGCGGCGAGAACGAGUUAAAAACAAGUGUAACACACGCGGGAUCCCCAGAUGGGCCACUCCACGGCGGUGGGUCUGGAAAAGCUCUGUCGACAACAGAAGGGGAAAGUAUGGAAGUGGAAGAAGAUGCGAAAUCGGACGGUCAUAGUUGGAAAGGAAGAAUUCAGAAACAUGGAGAUAUGUGAGGAAUUGAAAAGAAGAAAAAAACAAAUGAAAUGAAAUGGGCGUUUUUCAGUUCCGACAAGUUUUGCAGAGAAAUGGAUACAAAAUGGGGAAUCUGAAAUUUCUGAUUUUGUAGACACAAAAGAAUAAGGUAUAAUUGUAACUUACAAAGUUAUUUGUUUUUUUCUUUGUUAAAUGUGUAGUAGUAGUAGUAAGUUAAGGCGUAUUGGAUGAUGAGCAUGUAACUUUAUAAGAAAAAACUGAUCUUUUUGAAGAGGAAGUUUUUUUUUUUUUUUUUUUGCAACUUUUUUCAAUGUUGGUGGAGAUGGGCGUAUUGGCCUCUCAUCAAUGCAAUUGUAUUGUAGGAAAUAACAAGACAUUACAAUCUUCUGUCUCAAAUCCAUCUAAACAAACCUCAUCUAAUGAAUAACAAUAUUAUAGUC